UCGCCCUGAGAAGCUAGGCAAACGAAAGCUAACACGUGGGAAUAGCAAUUUGACGUGUUUUGCUUUUACUUCAGGGCGGUAAAGUGCCUUUUUUUAACCGUGCCUUGUCAACAGAGAACCCGUGCAGUUCUCUGACGGUGAUAGUUAGCCGUCAGCUGACUGCUGAGCUGGUUUAUCUGCCUUAUUAUGGCGGACAACGGGGACGACGAGUCUCAGUACAGAAUUAAAGGAGGUGACUACGUUGUGUUGAAACGAGGAGAAAUCUUCAAAGCUGUGCAAAUUCAACCUAAGAAGAAGGUGAUUUUCGAGAAGCAGUGGUUCUUCCUGGAUAAUGCUGUGGGACACUUGUACAGCACCACAUUUGAGAUUGGGUCUGGAGGGGUCCUGCAGCUGAGGAAGCUCAGGGACGCAGAGAGCUCCAGCGAUGCAAAGGAGGCGGGUACAGACAACAGGAACAUUGUAGAUGAUGGAAAAUCACAGAAACUGACCAGGGAUGACAUCGAGAUGCUCAAAGAGCAAGGUCUGAAGGGUCAGGAAAUCAUUCAGCAGCUUAUAGAUAACAGCUCAACAUUCAGAGAUAAGACUGGAUUUUCCCAGGAUAAGUACAUCAAGAAGAAAAAGAAGAAGUAUGAAAAUACUGUGACCAUUCUAAAACCGUCCUGUCGCAUCCUGGCUAUGAUGUACCAAGGCCGGGAACCGGGGAAGAUCCGCCACCUGCGGUACGACACACUUGCCCAGAUGUUGACCCUGGCAAACAUCCACGCUGGCAGUAAAGUUUUGGUGUUUGACACUUGCGCUGGCCUCGUGCUGGGAGCCGUCAUGGAAAGAAUGGGGGGCUACGGCUCAGUAAUCCAAAUGUACCCAGGAGGUGAGCCUGUUCGGGCGGGUGUGGAGAGUUUUGGCUUCCCCGCACAUUUUCACGAUACGCUGCAUGGGUUUCCCAUCUGCCAUGUCAAUGCUCUGCUGGCAGGCACUCUGGAUACCACUGCCAAAGAUCCCAGUGCUGAUUCAAAGCAGUCCAAUACGGCUGCAGAGGGGAAGCAAAACCAGCCUGAGGCAGAACGGCAGGGCAGUCCAGAGGAACAGAGCAUGGAGACGAGCAGCUGCGCUGACGGUAGCCAUGAACAGGAGAAAGAUGAGAAGGAAAAACGCAAAGAAGCCAGAGCUCAGGAAAAAAAGGUAAAGCAGGAGGAGAAACGGAGGAAGCUGGCAGCCGCUGCUGCCCUGCUGGAAGGCAGGAAUGCCGACGGGUUGGUUAUAGCCAGCCAGUAUCAGCCGUGUCCAGUCCUCAUGGGGCUGCUCAAAUUCCUCUCCCCCUCCAGGCCUUUUGUAGUCUACUCCCAGCACAAAGAGCCUCUUAUCGAGUGCUACACAAAACUCAAGGAACAUGGCGGCACGGUCGGCGUCAGGCUCACAGACACCUGGCUCAGGCAUUACCAGGUGUUGCCUAACAGGACACAUCCUCUGCCACUGAUGAGUGGGGGCGGAGGCUACCUCCUCUCAGGAACAACGGUUGCCACGGACCGCUCUAAACCUGCAGGCUCCCAGCAAGCUGAGGAACCAGCACCGAAGAGACUGAAAAUGACAGACACUGAAGGAUAAACAAAUUCAGAAGCAUCAAAUCUUUUAAGGGCACAUUACCAGUGGCUUAUGGGGUUUUUCCUCCAGCAUCGACGCUCUUUCUGCUGAACUGAUUUGACACAUCUGGAAUAAGGGAGACAGGGUGUCUGGUUUGCAUUCAUCAGAACACUUUCUCCCGUCUUGUGUGUUCAGAUCAGUGCAGAUGAAGGCGUAAUUCUGAGGAGUAAACUGUAAGCCAGUUUAGGCUGUAUGAGCUCAGUGUAUGUGUUGCGUAAGGAACUGCUGAAAUAAUCUGUGUGUGUUGAGAGUUAGAGACAGAUUUUGUCUUAUGCCUCGAGAUCGUUUUUCCGGUUAAUGCUCUCCAGCUUUUAGGUUAUAACUUUGUUUUUAUUUUGUUAUCCCUGCAGGAAGUGCCAUUUGUUAUAUGAUCCAGUUGCUAAUGCAGCUCCACUGUGGGUUAUAUCUGUAUACUGCACAGAAUUAAAAAGCAGUACUAAAAAAAA